GAAAACCCCAAGCUCGAGCCCGGAGCCCCAGCCUGCCUGGCUCCUUUCUUCACAUUCCCACCCCCCGCCACGUCCUAUGCCUGGCAUUCCACGCGACCCGAUCCAACUCAUAUUUAUUAAGCACCCACUGUCUACACCGCAUCGUGGCUAGAGGCACUGCAGGAAGAAAUGGCCCCACGCCGGAAAAACUAAUAGGAUAGCCACAGGGGCUAAGGACGGACCCGAGAGAGGAGCUGGCUACCUACGGUGGGGUAGUCUGGAGAGGAGCCCUCACCCUCACCCUGCGGGUCUUGAGAGUCCCAGGGAAGAGAUGGCCCCGAGGGGCGCACCAGGCCCGGCCUCCGCGGAGUCCACCGCAGACCGGGCUGGGAGGGGAAAGCGUGACAGUCGCGGCGGCCGCGGACCUAGCGUCUCUGGCCCGGCGUCUCCGCUCCGCCGGACGCCGGCACCCCCUGCUGCCCCGCGCAGAGCGGGGCAGUGCCAGGAAGACCGCCCGGGCCCCUCCCCCAACCGUCCCCAUCCCCCGGACUCCGGAAAAGCGGUUACCUGGCGCGCGAGCGGGGGAGAGGACACGACCCAGAAGAGGAAGGUCCACUUACCGCACCCUGGGAGUCUUUUCUCCCUGGAAGGAGCAUUGCGAGGACAGAUGAAAUAUGGAUAUGAAAACCGAAGUAUUGAGAUUAAGAAAUAUGUCAACUACUGAGAAUCCGCCUGCCGAUGCAGGGGACACGGGUUCGUGCCCCAGUCCGGGAAGAUCCCACAUGCCGCGGAGCGGCUGGGCCCGUGAGCCAUGGCCGCUGAGCCUGCGCGUCCGGAGCCUGUGCUCCGCAAUGG